AUGUGAAGACUAAAUAAAUUCUCCAAUUUAAUUAAUAGUGAUCGUUAUUGGUUUAAAAAAUUUUGGUUUUAUUUUAAUUCGUCCAUAACUUGGAAAUUUGUUGUUUUUUUUUUCGGAAGAUACAGCUUGAAUAUUACUCCUUGACAUUCCACGGGCGCACGCGCUUUACUGGACAAGUUCACUUCUCUUCUCCCCCUAUUUAUCUUGCUCGUUUUAUUAUUUAUUUACUAUUUUCAUUUAUUAUCUGCGACGUUUUUCCGGCAUCGUUCCGCCAUUGUUUGGUCGGAUUACGGAUUUUCAGUAUUGUUUUUCAAGUUGUUUUGGUCGAAAUCAUCCGUUGUCCUCUACAAUUAUUGGUAGUCAAAUUUCGAUACGUUUGCAGUGCCACCGUUGUAAUGUCAGCCGGCGUUUCUGAACAGGUGAAAUAUAACCAUUUUUCUUACAUAGCGCGUGAAAGGACAAGGAAAUCAAGUGAAUGGACCAAAAGACCAUAAUAAUGUAAAAGAGCGUGGAACUUAUGAUAAUUCUUGGCAUCCACAAGUUCAACAACAACCUAGUUAUAAUAACGUGAUGCCACCUGAACAGUACUAUCAAUAUCAAAACGCAGUUCCAUAUCAAUAUCCUACUGGAACUCCAUAUGGCAUGACUGAAAGAUCCUGGCCUAAUGCACCCGAAGCAGUAACGUAUAUUGGAGGAUAUGUGCCAACUCCAGAAGUAUAUACUCAGCCAAAUGUUUACAAUGCUCAGUACACUAAUCCUAAUCCUACUCCCAAUUAUAAUUAUUUCAUUGCUCAAAAACCAUUUGAAGGUUAUUAUAGGGCUGAAGAUCAAAUGUAUAGUGUACCAGUAACUGAACAAAUAAAAAGUAUUGAGCAAGGUGUUCAUGGUUUAAAUGUUAAUGAUUAUGGACAGACGGAUAAUAGUGCAUUACACCAAAAAAAAGUUACAACAUGGGCGUCCGUUGCUAAACAGCCAGCUAAGCCUAUGAUAUCAUUGGCUUCCGUGACUAAAAAGAAAGCUCCUGGUAUGCCUCCUCCUCCUAUGAUACUUGGUAAACACGAUGGACAUUGGGAAACUAAGACUGUAGCGAAACCACCACCACCUCCAGUUGUACAAGUGCAAAUACCCGUACCGGUUAUUCAAGCCCCACCGCCACCAACUGUUGUAGAAACUCAACCUCAAAGUUGGAACAACCAGAUCAAUACUGCUCCUCCGUUCAAUCCUCCAAUUGGUGAAAUACCAACUCAUAUACCUCCACCUGACCAUAUCAGGCAUGUGCCGCCACCACCAAUAAUUAUGUCGUCACCUCCUCCACAACUUUCAACUACCCCAAAGCCUGCUCCCAUGGAGGAAAAGCCAAAACAUCAAAUAAUUGAUGAAUUAAAAAAGAAAAAUCAUUAUAAUCCUGCUGAGUAUUCAAAUCCGCCAGAAGGAUCUAGAUUUUUUGUUAUUAAAUCUUAUUCAGAAGAUGAUAUCCAUAGAUCAAUAAAAUAUGAAAUUUGGUGUUCAACUGAACAUGGGAAUAAACGACUAGAUAAUGCAUUCCGUGAAGCAGAAAAAAAGAAAAUAUAUCUCCUUUACUCUGUAAAUGGUUCAGGUCAUUUUUGUGGCGUAGCUGAAAUGAUUUCUGCUGUCGAUUACAAUUCUUCUAGUUCUGUAUGGUGUCAAGAUAAAUGGAAAGGGCAAUUUGGUGUUAGAUGGAUUUACGUUAAAGAUGUGCCCAACUCCCAAUUAAGACAUAUUAGGUUAGAGAACAAUGAAAACAAAUCUGUGACUAAUUCCAGAGACACACAGGAAGUUUUAUAUGACCAGGGUGUUCAAGUAUUACGAAUAAUACAUUCGUACCAACAUGAAACAUCAAUUUUUGAUGAUUUCCAGCAUUACGAAAAUUUGCAACAGUUGGAAGAUACUAAGAAAAGUGUAGCACCAUUACCACCAUCUUCACAUUCUACAAUAAACAAACAUAAUCAAAGUGGACCUGUUAAAUAUUCAAAUGAUAACAAACCACAACACAAUUAUUUCAAUAGGGAUUGGGAUAGUAAACACAAAGAUAUUAGAAGUAGAGAUAGGGAAAAUUCGUUACACCAACAACAUAGAUCCGAAAGUCAUAGUCAGAGUCACCGAGGACGAACUGAAAAUCAUAGAAAUCGUAAUGACAAUGGUCAAAGUAAGGACGAUAACAAUAGAGAUAAAGGCGAACAUAUCAGAAACCACCGUAGUGAUCAAAAUAAAAGUCGUGAUCAUCAACGAAACUGGGAAGAACACAAAACUAAUAGCUAUAAUAGAGGAGGGCGUAGAGGUAGAGGGGGGCCGUCAGUCUUUAUCAACAGUAACUUAAAACAGACUCGUGGUGAUGAAUAAGUAAUUUUUCUCCUAGUUAAGCAGGAUAGUAGAAAUAUUUUCAUUGUUUUAACUGCGUUCCUAAAAAAAACAUUUUCCCCUUAUAAUAUAAAAAAAAAGAAUAAUAAUAAUGUUUUGUUUUAUUUAUUUUUAUUAUUAUUAUUUUUUAAUUUUAUUUAUUUAUUAUUCAAUUUUUUUUUAUGUAUGCAAAACUGCCUGGACAUAAAUUUUAGUGAACUAAUCUGUUGCUAGCUGAUUUAUAUCAAUUUUGUCGAGUUUUAUAACUUUACUAGUAAUAUAAUAUUAUGGAACUUAUGUUGUGUAUAAACAACUAUGCCUCAGUGUUAACUUAAUUAUUAUUCAGAAAGGUGCUCUUAAACGUAUUUUGGUAUUAAGUUAUAUAAAUACUUUUUUUUUUACUGAAUAGCAGCUUAAAUGUUUGAAAAUUUUUUCAUGGUUGUAUCCUUCUGUUAAUUUCUGAUCAUAAUGAUAUUUUUGUAAGACUCGAGUAAAUUAAUAGUAAAUCCCAUUAAUAUUACAUUAUUAACUAUUUUGUUAUAAUUUUUAUACUUAUUAAAAAUAUUUGAUACCUUGCCUACAUUUUAUUUUAUGAG